UUCAGAUCAAUGUUGAAGUUUGUCCAUACUACGUUAAAAGCAACAUAUUUGAAAAUGUUAUUGAAUAACAUUGUAAUAACAUUGCUAUAAUUUUUUGUUUAUUAUAUAAUUUUUAAUAAAUUCGAACGCAAGAAUUAUAACAGAAUUAUAAAUAAGAGUUACGUAAUGAAAUUGAAAGGCUAUUUCAGCGUCGCGAUAAGCUUCACAAUGAAAGUCCUAUUCAAAAAGUCGAGAAUCAACGCAUAUUCACCGCAAAGUAUUGAAAUAUAUGACCAGUCGUGUCAUAUCAAACCGAACAUUGCAAAAAACGAUAAAUUCCUCUACAAGGAACAGCAAAUAAUUAACGAAAGGCAAAUAUUGCAAGAACAGCGAUCUGAAGGAAAUAAGCCGAGAAUGAGCAAUGAAAACAGUCAAGCUACCAUUACUAACCAGCCAGCAAGGCACCGGUGUUACGAUUUCUUGUUAAGUUGCUGCAAAAAUCAAAGCUCGUUGGAAAACGAAACGAUGUCGGUAGAAGAGUCAAACUGCGUAUGUUGUCCUUCUUUUUUUCCAUUGUUAAAAUUCUAUCAAGAACGUAGCAAAACAAUAGAGACUCUCUGGAAAAUUAUACUGUAUCAGGUCAUCUCGCCGAUACCCGAAUCCAAACCUUCAGUCUCAGGAUGCAGCAUGAAUGACGCAGAAUUCAGUUUGGAAAAACUACAAACGCUCGGCGAGAAAUCGCUCAAUGAACUGUUACGAAUAAAUAUAGAGACUCUAAUAACUUGUUAUUCCUGCAUGACAAGAAAAGAAUCUCCGACGCAAAAAUCGUACGAUGCAAAGAUACGUCUAAUAAAUAUGCAGCAGUUGAUUAUACACAAAAUAGAUGUGCAAUUCAGGAAACUGAAGCAUUGGAAGGAUACAGACCCUUACGUGCAACAUUACACUAGUUCUGCGUUCAAGAAGGAAUUGCAAUCACUCAAUUUGGAGAUAUUAUCUCCACUCGCCGUUGCAAGUAACCCCAGCUUCUUUUAUAAUUCCGACUCAGAAUAAAGUUGCUUGAGACUAAUCAUUGCGAAUCUCAAUAAUAGUUUCUCAAUGCAGCGUAUUCAUUCAGACGUUUAUUGCAUAUUUCUAAACAACGAGAAAUUUUCAAUGCUUUGCGGGAGAGAAUAAACGUCGAUGGUAUUUGAUCCAAGAAAAAUCGCUUACUCAAUGCCUGGAUAUUCAGACAAAAAGCCGUUUACGUCUCAUUUGUAGCGCAAGAAACACGUAUUGACUAUUUUUAUAUUGUUAAAACAUAAAUUAUCUCAUACUUGCAUUAUUUAUUAUAAAUGACAUUAUUAUUAUUACUCUUAUUAUUAUAUAUUAAUAUUAUAUAUUAUUAUAUAUAUAUAUUAAUAUAACAUUAAUAUAUUUAGUAUAAUAUUAUUAUAUUUAAUAUUAUAUUUUUUGAAUGUGCCUACUUUAGAAUUGCUUCCAGAUGUGCAUAUCUACAUUAUCAUUUGUAACCCAGUCUGCAGAUGAUAAUGUAUUACCAUGAUAAUCUUUCUUUGGAAAUCCUGAAGAAAAUUUAACAAUUUUGGACAGAUAACCAUUGAAAAUGAUUAUCUUCAAGUGAUUGCCUGCGCGUUUGUCAGCAAAAAGUUCUCUUAAAAAGCAUAACUUUUCUGAUUUUUAAACAUUACGCAUUGUACAAUCUAUUCCGUUAAUCUUGACGGAUAAUCAUUUGUAAUCUGUAAUUUUGACUGAGAAUAACCACAAUACAUGAUCAGAACGUUCGAAAUAAUUUGUUAGUUAAAAUAAUUUGUAUCUGCGUGUACAAUGAAUAAAUAUAUACUAAUUUUUUAAAA